GAAGACUAGAGCAUCUUAGAUGAUUUGGUUUCAUUUUUAGUUUGUGAGAAUUUGUUUAUUCUUUCUGGGAUGACAGGUAUUUUUCAGCUGGUGGAAAUAGAGUUUUUAUGUCAGAUCAAGUUACUAAAAAAAUUGUGGGGGAGGAGAGUUUAUCAUCUUUCAUGAGGAAUUCAUUCAGCUUUUCACACUAUACAAAUAAAAUGUAUUUUUAGAUAUUCAAAAAAGUUGGAGAAGUUUGGUCAUAGAAAAACAGCAGUGUAAAUGGUAUUUUAACAAAACAGAGCAAGUUCAUUCCUUGAGUAACUGCACUGAAGUCAUCUUUGUUGCUGGUCUUUAAACCCCUUCUGUUUCUGUUCCAUCCUCAUUUAGACAGGGUGACCAGAACUGACCACGGUAUUCCAGGUCUGGGCAUACAAAAUAAUAUUUUCACUACAUUAAGGGAGCACUCUCCCAUAGUGAAAAUCUUAAAGCCACCCUUGUUGGUAUACUGUGUUUUUUGUUUGGUUGGAGUGUUUUUUUAUUUUUGUUUUAAGUGUUUCCAAUCUCUCCCUAGAAUUAUAUCUUUCUAAAUUCCACCUUCCUGGAGGAAAUUCAAGCAGGAGGUGGGGUGCUCCUGGCAGAUCUCCAAUAGAGCUUCAGAGUGUAUAGGAAGUUCCUUGCACAUAUUAUAUAAAUAUACAAUAAAUGACAGACAGUAACCUUUCUUCCUUUCCUUCACUCUAGAUACAUGCUAUUAAUCUGCUUAUGAGCUUCCCCAACCUACGCUUCUUUUUCCAACGCUGAUCUGACCAUGGCUGUCCUAAAAGUAAAAUUCACAAAAACUAAGAGAGACAAAUUGGCUCAGAUCCUGUGGAUCCUCAACUGGGUUUCUGUAGCAACUGGUGUCAUUCUCUUCAGUCUGGGUCUCUUUCUGAAAAUAGAGAUCAAGAAGCGCAGUGAGGUAAUGGCAAAAGGGGAGAUUAACUCUGUCCCCAACAUGCUCAUCUCAGUAGGGGUCAUAGCUUGCAUCAUCAACUUCCUUGGUGGCAAAAUCUGCUAUGACUGUUCGGACACCAACAAGUUCUCCCGAUGGAGGCUAGUCAUGCUCCCUUACAUUGUGUGCACCUUGUGCUUCACCUUCUGCAUCCUGGUGGGUGCGGUCAUGUGCUACACCAUGAGGAAUGAGUUGGAGGAGUCUCUUUAUCUGGGAUUGAGAGAUGCUAUUAAAUUCUACAAGGACACAGACAUCCCUGGACGGUGCUUCUUAAAGAAAACCAUAGACCUAUUACAAAUUGGAUUCCAGUGCUGUGGAAACAAUGGCUUCAGAGACUGGUUUGAAAUUCAGUGGAUAUCUGUUCGUUAUCUGAAUAUGGCCUCCAAAGAGGUUUUGGACCGUCUGAAAAGUAAUGUUGAUGGGAAGUUCUUGGUGGAUGGAGUGCCCUUCAGCUGCUGCAAUCCAAAUUCACCACGGCCUUGUAUCCAAUACCAGCUUACAAAUAACACCGCUCACUAUAAUUAUGAUUUUCUGAUGGAGGAGCUCAAUAUCUGGAUGAAGGGAUGCAGGCAGGCCCUGCUGGAUUACUACACUGGUAUCAUGAGGUCAAUUGGGCUUACUGUGCUCAUCAUCUGGUUGUUUGAGAUCUCUGUACUUAUUGGGGUCCGUUACCUGCAAACGGCAAUGAAGAAUGUUCUCCUAUUGGGUGAUCCAGAGUGCGAGUCAGAUGGCUGGUUACUGGAGAACAGCUUUGUAGAAACUGCCAAAUACAACUUCAGCAUCAUUAAGAACCUUGGCAAAGCCAAUCAGAUCUCCACUGUCUCAGAGAUGAACGAUCCCAAUAUAGAUGUUCAAACUGCAAACUAUGGUCCAGACAAUGUUCCAUCAAAAUCCAUCCCCAAAGCUAGCUAGACAUGACAGAUGCUUUAUUGAAGACCUAAAUAUGGUUUGAUACCUUAACUGCAAUCCUGAAGUUACCAGAUUUUUCACUGGUGGGAAAUGGGAACACUAACUGGGUAAUUGGACAAAUCACAGCGUGGUGGCGGCAAGUCCAAAAGCUGAGACUCCUUGGGCUGGAUAUAGCUUCUGUAGGCCAGAGUUCCUGUCCUUCUGGCUUCUUUACUCACUCUUGUGAAAGCCCUGCUUUUUAAUACUGCAUAAAAUGAUAUGGCAUGGAUUAAUAGAGUUUUCCCCCAUCUCUCGCUGCAUAUCCUGCCCCACAUAUUCCUCAC